GCAGCCCGCGGUGCCAAGGUGGGACGGUUCUGCCUCGUGAGUACACAGGGGCGCGCGCAGGACAUGCAUUCAAGGAACGCGCACGAGCAGCGAGCAAAAAGCUCAGAACAUGCACGCCGAUAACCAUCAAAUGACACCAAACACGUGCUGUCAUAUUUAGCUGGUCUCCUGGAUCCAACAUUAAUUCCGAGCGUAAAGCUUGGCUUGGCAGCGCACCGGACUGACUUGCUGACAAGCGCAGUUUAACAAGCCCUGUUUGUGUUUUGCACCCUGCAGUCAGUUGCUGGGGACGCACGCUGGAAAAUGAGGUUUGGAAGCAUCGUUUUAUUCGUCGCUCUCUGCUCUUUCACCGCUUAUUACAUCUACGAGCCCAUUCCGGAGGAGAUAGAGGAGAGAUGGAAACUCAUGCUGACCAACACUUUCUUCAGAAGUCUCAGCCAUCUGGCAGACCUCAGUGAAUUGCUGGGGCUGAAGGGCUACAUGGGGGUAAUGUACUUCAUCACUCUGGCUGAGCGAGUAGUGCCUGUGUCUGACGAGCACGUCAAGGUGACAGAGGAGAAAUUUGAUGGAGUGGAGGUGGUGGUGUACCAGUCAAAGCAGAGGGGCGAUGACUCCGAGCUCCGGAGAGCUAUCAUAUACCUGCACGGUGGAGGAUGGUGUCUGGGUAGUGUCCGAAUGCUUCCGUAUGAUCUCAUUGCCAGAAAAAUGGUCACCGAGCUAGAUGCAGUGGUUCUUUUAGUAGAGUACCGACUCGCCCCCGCUCACCACUUCCCUGUCCCAUAUGACGACGUGUACCGUGCGGUCAAACACUUCCUCCAGAAGGGGGUGCUAGCCCAGUACUCUGUGGGCCCAGGACGCGUUGCUGUGUCUGGGGAUAGUGCUGGGGGGAACCUGGCAGCUGCUGUCUCCCAGCAGUUACAAAAAGAGCCUGGACAGCAAGUUCAGUUGAAGGCCCAAGCACUCAUCUACCCCGUACUGCAGGCUCUGGAUAUGAACACGCCUUCCUAUCAGCAGAAUCAGGACAUGCCCAUUCUGCCCCGCACCCUCAUGGUUCGUUUCUGGAGCGAGUACUUCACCACUGACAAGGCCUUUUUCAGAUCCAUGCUGGCCAACACCCACAACAACCCUGAAUCUUCCAGCCUGCUGAAGUUUGCCAACUGGAGCGCCUUUCUGCCAGAAACAUAUCAUAGAAAAUACAACUACAGUGCUCCCGCUGUGGUGCAGGGAGCCGGAGGGCAGGCAGUCGGGAUGGAAGGACCAUCUCGAUCUUUGUCCGACCCGAGGGCGUCACCUCUGCUGGUUCCAGACGCUGCCUUACGCGGUCUGCCCAAGGCCUACAUUCUGACAUGUGAGUAUGACGUUCUCCGAGAUGACGGGAUCAUGUAUGUCACACGGCUCCGCGCUGCUGGCGUCGAGGUGACGCAUGAACACUAUGACACAGGAUUUCAUGGAGGGCUGAUGUUCACCGUGUGGCCAGCUGACUUCCAGAUUGCACGUCGCAUGACAGACAACUUUUUGAAAUGGCUCAAGGAAAACCUGUAAAAAACUCUUGACUAUCAAUAUGCAUUCCAGUUUUUUCCUCACAAUGCACCAGUGUUUGGUUAGGUGCACAUUUUUCCCAUCUGUUGUUCAAGUUUUUGUUGUUAAUUUCUUUUUCUUUGGUUUUCUGUAAAUAUAUUGAGAAAUAUAUAUCGACUUCUUCUGUUUUUCCACUCAUGGAUUUUUCCACAUUAGAUACCCGUAGGAAACUGAAAGAAUUGCUCUGAUUUGUUCACAUACGUUGGUUUGAGUAAAAAACAUAUGACACCAUCACUCAAGUAUUGUUCUUGAUUGUAGUAUUCUGUUCAUUGUCCAACUAACACAAUACUACCUAGAGAGAUCCAAGGGGAAAAAAUCAAACUGUGGAAUAUCACAAAAGUUAUUGUGUUGUGGAAAGCUAGAGCUAGAUGGCCUUUUGUGGUGCUGCUCAUUCUUGUUUCCCAUCACAGGACCUUCUACGUGAUCUUAUAUAACUAUUGCGUCAGAAUCAAUACUGUAAAUUAGCAAUGCAUGCCACAAAAGACAUUCGAGCUAUCCCAUUUGGUGUUUUAAGAAUCCAGUGUAAGUCUUGGCAAAGGGGGAAAGGACUUUCACAACUGCAAAAAAAAGUAUAUUCAGUUUGGCCAAAGUUAACACAGAGUGCAGCUCGUACUGAAACCUAAGUGUUUUUUGGAUGUGUUUACAAAACUCCUGCGUAAUGUUUCCUAACAUUGCAUCAAAGAUUGACAAGUGGUAUUCUGUUUUCCACAAGGAAAGAAAAAGCCCUUAGUUGUGUAACCCAUGAAAAUGUGGUACACAGGGAGCUGCUUGCUGGUAUGGUUAAUUAUUUAAACUGAAGAGUGAAUUGCGUCUUCAUCAGCACAUCAUCUGAUUGCAUCUAUUCUAAUCUCCACAUACUUUUGGAGGUCUGAAAAAAAAUCAUUAUUUCAAGUCUUGUUUGCUUUGUAAUGGCUGCACAUCAAAGCAACAGUACACACAAUGGCAUUUGAUGAGUCACAUUCCACACAUACUAUUGGUAUUUAUAAGUAAAGAUGCUGUAACAAUGUGCAUACUUCCAAACAUUCUUCACACCUUGUGUACACACAUUUUUGUGAUUGAGCUUAGCUGAGUAUGAUGUAGAAAUAUGGCAAAGAGAGGGACAAUUUCCAAGAGGGAAUUUGGGCAACAUUUUAUUUGGAGCCUUAAUAUUUACAGCACAUCACAAGUCUCAAGUGAGUUCCCUAUUAGAGUAUAAUAAGAUUUAUAGGUGUGUGUGUGUUUGUACAAACCCCCUUCUUUGUUCAAGCAUGAUUUUAUUGUAGUGUGAGUAAACAGCUCUACAUGUGGUUAAUUUGACUUUCUACAUCAGGACUAUUCAAGAGUUCCAGUUGCAAAGGUCCAAACCUCAUAAUCUCUAAUUUGCCUACCACUAAACAAAAUGAACAAUGUGCAUGUCAAUAUCAUUUCAACAAUAUUUAUUAUCUAUUUUCAAAGUAGGAUACUUUGAAAACAAAUAAUUACCACUAAUUAAUAAAAUUAGUCCAAGCACAAUGAGCUUAAACAGGACUGAAUCUUAUGGAAUAAAUAAAAAUGGGCUCUUUUAGAAAAAGUACAAACAAAGCUUUGAGUAGCCACUUUUGUCUUUUAAAAAAAAAAAAAAGUCCUUUCCUACAGACAGAAAUGGGUCUGUGACUGCCCU